GUUACCUCCUCCUUAAGCAUGCUUACUUUGGGUGAAGAGCUUUCUUGAUUUGAUCGUCCUUAUUCAUGGCCAUAUCAUAACGACACUGAGGAUGAUAGUUUUAUGUUUUUACCUAAUAUCUUUCUUUCGUAUUCUUGUGUUACCAACCCAGCGGUUAUCGUAACAAUCAGCAGAUCCUUUUCCGAGUUCUGAUACCGACAGUUCAAAGGCACACCAAACCCAUGGACAUUAAAAUGGUCAGAUUAAUAAGCCAGUGGCAUUCAACUUUCAAAUCACAAAAUCCAUUGCAAAGAAUUUUGAGACUUCACAAAGCCUGUCAAAGAUUUUGCACAUCAAGUAAGUUGACUCUCAGGCAUGCAGGAGGGGAUAGUGACGAAAGCAACAGUGACAGAAUUCCAGAAGCUGGGCGAUAUCGUUCACCAUGGACAAUUCUGAAGGAGGAAUUUAAAGGUAUUGCCCAAGGUCAGCUGGCAGAAGAUGCUUUGACAGCUCCGCGAGAGACCGAUUUUCUUAUUGUAGGAGGGGGAGCCAUAGGAUCAUCAGUAGCUUACUGGCUUAAACAGCGCAACCCCAAGGGAAUAAGUGUGACGGUGGUGGAACGAGAUCCAUCUUAUGGACGAUCUUCCACUAUGUUAUCUGUGGGUGGCAUCCGUCAUCAGUUUUCUGUUGAGGAGAAUGUACAGCUUUCCAUGUUUGCCACAGAAUUUCUUCGCAACAUUAAAGAACACCUCAGUGUGUUAGAUGAAACCCCACCUGAUGUUCAAUUUAAUCAUGGUGGCUGUUUGUUCUUGGUGCCGGCUCGUUCUGCUCCACUGCUGGAGAAGAAUGUUCAGAUGCAAAGAAAAUUAGGUGCAAAAAUUGAUUUGCUGACAAAGGAACAGCUGUCAGCCAAAUUUCCCUGGCUAAAUACUGCUGGUAUUGAAAUUGGUUCUUAUGGUGUAGAGGGCGAAGGUUGGUUUGAUCCUUGGCUGCUAGUAAAGGCCUUGAAACAAAAAAAUAUAAGUCUUGGUGUCAAGUAUGUCACUGGUGACGUCGAGGAGUUUGAAUAUACCAAUGUUACUAUCAACCCAGCUGAUGGAAAGUAUCAUAACACACUCACAAAUGCAGUGAUCCGAACUCGAGAGGGCAAGCUGCACACCACCAAAUUUGCUGCAGUGGUUAACUGUGCAGGCCCAUGGGCUGCAGAAUUGGCACGAAAGGCGGGCAUUGGCAUUGAAAAACAAGAUGAUCUUAUGAUCCCCCUUCCUGUUGAGCCAAGGAAAAGAUUUGUGUACGUUAUCCACUGUCCAGAUGGCCCAAGUUUAGAUAUGCCUCUCACAAUUGACCCUACUGGCGUCUACUGUCGCAGAGAGGGUUUUAGUGGUCACUACAUUUGUGGGGCAUCUCCUGCAGGAAAAGAAGAGCCCAGCAUCGAAGAUCUUAAUGUGGACUAUGAUUUUUUUAAUAACCACAUCAAACCGACGCUAGGGCAUCGUAUACCAGCUUUGGAAGCUUUGAAGCUGAAAGGUGCAUGGGCAGGCUUCUACGACUACAAUUACGUUGAUCAGAAUCUUAUUAUUGGCAACCACCCAUACCACAGAAACUUUUUCUUUGCCAACGGUCUUGGUGGCCAUGGCUUGCAGCAUUCUAUUGGAGUCGGGCGGGCCAUUAUGGAGUUGAUCAUUGAUGGGGAGUACAAAACUAUUGACUUGACACGAUUUGAGUUUGACAGAUUUCUGACUGAUGAACUGGUGAAUGAAGAAAGCUUUAUGUGAUGGCUGCCAGCCCAUUUGUUGCUAUUAUAAAUGCCACAUCUGGUUUUGACUUUUCAAGCUAGUGCAGAGACUUGCAAUGUUCAUAAUAAUGCUAGACAAGAAAGUGAGGAAUUUGCUUAAUUGUUGCAUGAAAAAUUCAUGUGAGAAAUUUGCUAUAUGUGACUGUGCAUGUGAGAGCCUAGGUAUGUUCUGUGUGUGUAUGUGCACACAUACUUGUGCACAUAUUUAGAUGGUUAGUUUACAGCUAAGAAUAAGCUGAAGUGCGUUUGAAACAUCAGCAAUUACAUAUUGGCACUAAAGGGAAAUGAAUCAGUCAUGCUGAUUUUUGUAUAUUGUGAUAAAAGCAGUUGCAGCUAUAAAGUAUUUUAAAAUACA